AUGUGUGGAUCUACUCCAUCUUUGUACAUCAUCCUGAAAACACGCAAACAAACAUACACUGAGUUCGCCGCUCAUCAUUAUGCAUUUGGAAGUUGUAUUGACGUCCCCUGUGCUCAUUGACACUUGUCCACUCACUACUUGUCCUAUCCCUUGCCCGCGUCCCUAAUACUUUUGAUUUUCAGCAAACGCAGUCGCUUAUCGAUGCACUCCGGCUGGCCGACCAAGUGUCGUGCCCAUACGAGCGCCGGUACAAGAAGAACAACAAAAGGUACCAGAGGAACCAGAAGAACUCCAUCGCCAGAUCAAUGCCGACUUUGAUCGAGGACAAGAGCUUCCCGUUCGCCAAAUUCUCUCCAUCUCCGCGCGCUUCGAUUGGUACCACCGAUUUUCAUGUCACUGAUGAAGAGGUGAGUGUUUACUUAUGCUGUAUCUAACAAGAAUUCGCUUCUGUUACUAGUAAAGUUUCAGGAAUUGUCUUUCUUAUUCAUAUAGUUUUCACUUAUGUAGAGGACCAGGGAACACUCCAAGUUUAUGGGUUUAUCUCACUGAUCUUCUAUCUCCACAUUUAUUCAUUUCCCGAACCCCAAUUCUGAGAAUUGGCUAUAAACGGAAAAGCGCACAGCCGAAGUCUUGACCGUAGCCUAGAAAAAUCCUAAUGUGAGGCAUACAAUUGCAAGCAGGGAAGAAACUUUACGGGAAAAGUUGAUUUUUGGAUGGUAAUUUCUAUCCACCUUAAAAUGUUCAGCUGAUAGUUCAAGUAAUCAACAUUCCUGUUCACACUACUUUAAAGGACCAGGGAACCCAAAAUUUUUUUAAUGAUUUUGUGAAAUGUUUUUGUGACUGUUUGAAUUGUCUCUUAUUGCCUCAUACACUGGUGAAAUGCUGCCUCUCAAAAAUGCCAAUGAACGAAACGGCAUGCAGUUGAAGUUGUGGCCGUGGCCUAGCGCCAAUGGCCGAAAAAUAUAUAAAAAUAUAUGCGCUUCUCGGCUAUUUUAUUUUUUCCGCUUUUUUACCAGUUUUUUUCCAAAAAUUCACGGUUUCUCCCAUUUUUCAGUUGAUUGACAUUUGUUCGGCACUUACUUAUUUUUUCACUGCUAAAAAAUUGUUUUCAUUCAGUCGAUAUGAAGUGCCAAAAUGGGAGAAACCGUGAAUUUUUGGAAAAAAACCGGUAAAAAAGCGGAAAAAAUAAAAUGACCGAGAGCGCAUAUAUUUUUAUAUAUUUUUCGGCCAUUGGCGCUAGGCCACGGCCACAACUUCAACUGCAUGCCGUUUCGUUCAUUGGCAUUUUUGAGAGGCAGCAUUUCACCAAUGUUUGAGGCAAUAAGAGACAAUUCAAACAGUCACAAAAAAAUUUCACAAAUUAAUCAAAAAAUUUUUGGGUUCCCUGGUCCUUUAAUGUUUGCUCAUUCAGUAGUUUCUAUCCGACCACUCUUCCUGGAACAACAACAAUAGCUGAUAACGAUCAUUGUCAGUAGUUAUUGACCCAAACCCAGAAAACCAGAAUUGUAAAGUGUUCAAAUGGAAUAAGACUCUCAUGGGGCCACCAAGUUUUGACGUUUUAUGUGUCGGGAGAGAACAAGCCAGAAUGGUUUGUCUCCUUUUUAGAGCAAAAUAAGAUGGAUGUUUUGAGAUUUUAGUUCUUGCCCUCGACUACCCUUUCGUGUUUAGAAAACGGAAUCAAACAUCGUUCCGUUUGAACUCUCAUUGUCCGUUUUUUUCUUCUCCAAACUAUCCGGAUAUCUGGUGCUCAUCGAGUCGAGCCACAACGUCUUGCGUCGUUCCAAAUCGCCUUAUCUAAAGAUUAUUCUCCAACAUCCGCCCGUUUGCUCGAUUCUAUUCCGAGUUCUCAAUCAAGACUCUCCAGACGCCGCCAUUUUCAUUCAUCCACCCAGACAUGUGCACUUGCCACAGAUUCUUAAUCAAGAACUUGACAGAUAUAUAUGUUUCUCUUUUUGUCAUUGUGUCUCCAAACUAGAUUAUGAGCUCCCAUUGGCACAUAGAGCUGCCAUCCUUGCCCCAACAUUUUAUUGUGUAGCAAAAGUUCAGUUUCUCUCGCUUUAGAUCGUCUCCUUCUUUUAUUCAUUCGCCUAGGUCAUAUUGCUAUUUGAAACAUACUAAAAAUGGUAGAUUUCAGAAACCGUAUAUCAUCGUGCUUCAAAUUCAGCAUCAUUCGAAAACUGAUCAAUUCUCGGUAGGUUAAGUAUCUAACGACUACAGCUUCUUCACAAUGAGAAUAACGAGGAUAAAAGGGAAUUCUUGUUCUGAAGUGUGUGUGUGUGUGUGUGUGUGUGCUGAAAAAGAAGAAGAAAAAAACGAGUGAGGAGGCGGAGGGGCGCGCAUCGUGUCAAAACACUCCCGAAUUGUGGUGCCAAUCCGCAACUCGCUUCCGAAACUUCAAUUAGGCCACAACAAAGGGCAUCAGUUGCCCAGCCCCCAAUUCGUGUUGGUUUCUUUGUGCGUCGAGCUUACUGAAACUGAAAUUUCAUUCCGAUCUAUUUGUAUUGACUAGCGGUAUUAAUGGAACAUCCGGCACAUAUGGUAAGUAGUCAUACAUUUGUCAUCAAUAUACACGAAUGACAUUUGAAGUUCAUUUCGAAUGCAGUUCAUGUACAAAGGACGUUGUCCUAAAUUUCUAAGAAAGUUAGUAGAAAUUGGAAAAAAGACAUGAGCCUCAUUUGUCACCCACUUCGAUAAUCUUUCAAAAGUUUUUGGUCUUUCUGGUUUGAAGGUCUUUGUAAUUUUCGAAGAAUUCUGCGUUUUUCCGAAGGACCGCAAACAACCCGGAAAAGGUCGAGUCAAACUCGCCUCUUUGUUCUAAAAAUAAUGUUUUUUCUCCCUGUUUAUGUCGAGCUAAUCCCAUUUUCCUCAUUUGACUCAUUUCCUUUCAUAAAAAGGAAAGAGAAAAGUUGAGAAAUUGAUAAUAGAGUGCAUGGUUUUGUUAAGGAGUCCUAAUCCUCUGCGGUGGGAUUGAUUGACGCACACAAGGCUAAAACCCAGUAUAUUUGUGAAAAGAAGUCAUAUCCAAAUACGGCAUUCAUAUCGCUAUUCACUACUGAACGCGUUCUACAUUCUGAAUUACGGCUCGUUAGCGUUUCACCCAUACUUAUAAAAGUUCACCGCGAAAAGGAAUCAGAAAUGCUAGAGCAGCCGUCGAUACAAAUCCAUGUGCCGUCAGAACAUUUGGAGGUGAGCCAGUGACCCAAUCGAGUCGAAAACAAGACCAAAUCAAAUGACGAGUUUCUUUCCAUCUCUCACUUCUUCUGAAUGCGUUUUUUCUCGAUUUUUCAACUUUCCGUCAUUGGUUUGACAUCACUUUCGACACCAUUCGCCAUCAGUCAAAAUCUCGGAGGGUGUGUUGCGGCCUCCAAUUUUUGUUCCGAGCCCUCAUGGUGUGAUUGGAUGCCUCUCCAAUUUCGUGAAGAAGAAGAAGAAGAAAAAGCGCCGUUGUGCGUGUUCCGCGCAGGCUUGCGGCCAUCCGCAUCAAUCUCGAGUACCUCUGUAACGAUGAAACUAUGCAAGAUGCUUCCUCAUGUCCUUCCCGAAACCUCUUUUGUUUUCCAUAUCGUUUUCACAUGUGUAUGUGCACAAAACGAGCAAACCUGAGUGCUUCUGCUGCAGUCUAUUCUCGGGCUUUCCCAUGAUUUCUGCUGAGCUUGAAGCCUAAUCCGUCGAGGGCGAUCCCUGAAAAAUCGAGUAAAUAUUUCUUCUAUUCAGUGGUAUUUUCAAGAUAUACAGUAUAUAGUUUUUCAAUAUUAAAUUAAAUUCUGAUAUUCGAAAACUUUUGUUUUUUUGAAUGAGGCCUAGUGAAAAUAGCUCCAGACGAGUGGGUUUCAAUUCGAUAUCUAUGUUAAUGAACACGACCAAAUAUUCGCCCCUCAAUGCAUCAAUAUUUGGUAGCAAAUGCGAGCGAAGGCACAGGGUCCGUUGUCAGAACAUUUUUUCAUCAGGAACUUCCGAUACUCGUUGCCAAACACAACAAUCAUCCCUCGUUGUGCCUGUUUUCGGAACUGACUUUGUCAGCUUCUCUCUCUCUCUCUCUCUCUCUCUCUCUUUCUCUUUCUUUCUCUUUUUUCCUAACCAGCUUGUUGUUUUGGUUAAUAAUCCGGUGGCCAGCAGUUAACAAAAACGCGAGGGCGGCGAUGAAUUGAAAAUUUGACCGGCCAGGCUUUUGCUGCGGAGACGAAGGUUAUGGGUCGAAAACAAACGGAAAAUCUGGAAACAAACUAUUUGCGCGCAUAUUUGUGUACACGUUCAUGAGGAAUGUUGGAUCCGCCAAAGGAUGCGUCUGGAAACCGACAACUACUCCGCCUCGCCAUAUUAUUGCUCUUUUUUUGUGCCAAGUGUCGCAUUCCACAUAAGAUCAUUUGGAGCACGAAUAGGCUGCAUUUAUUUUCAUAUCAUGACUGGUUUUCUCUCUCUCUCUCUCUCUCUUUCUUGUUUAUUGUCAAGAGUUGCUCUAGAAUUCUUUGGACCUUCUUUCCGAACACAAAAGGUUAGGCACUUGUUCUACCAAGCCAGAAAUUCAAUCUGGAGGUGAAAGAACACAACAAAGUGGUGGACGGGGAGCCGCUCCGGCUGUUAUUGUCGGCCGGAAAAGUUGUGUGUCAAUUUUCUGAGCUACCCCUUCCCUUUCUCCAAACUGGUCCAUAUUCAUCACUUCACUGCCAACCAACUAGUCCUAGCUUUUUCUUAUCCGAAUGUGUCGGUAUGUCGAAUGGAACUUUGUUAUUUUGCGGAUGCAAAAACAGGGACCCUCUCAAUUCUUCCCGCUCUCACUGCGGUAUUACCCUCCCUUUUCAUCCAUCCCCUCCCUAGCCACAUCCCAGCGGGAUGUUUUGAGUGUUUUCUAAUUGUGCAGCCUUGCUCGCGGUUUUCCUGACGACAUCGUUAUCUGCAAUCGCGAGACCUCUAACGUUUUCUUCCCCGUUUCUGCAUUCGCAUUCACACCCUUUGCGGCCACUCUAUUCAAUUGUUGCCUUUUUUAGAUAUUCGUAAAACGCAAAACCGCUAUUAGAGUCUCUUUGUGCUCGGAAGUUUUUUUGCUCUGGAAACUCACGUUUUUGAAGAGAUUCCACCUGGAACAGUUUUGCAUAAUUCAGCAUUCACGGCUUCUGAUCUUUUCUUAAAUGACCAUAUAGUUUGUUUACUUCUCAGGCGGUCCAUUCAAUGAGAAUGAUCAUAAAAGUAACCCUGAUUUUCGCACUCUGAGAACUCGAAGAAAUUGAAUUGCACAAAGUAAAUCUGUCAUUCAGACGAACGAGAAAAUCAUUCACUAUUCUAUGAUGCCUUCAAAAGUUUUGCCGCCGCUCGGCCCCGUAAUCUUGUUUUCGACGCAACACCCACGCCACUCUUUGAAAGAAAGUACUUUCCUAAUUUCGCUGUUUUCAUCAACUUUCCCGGAAACCGAACAACUUUUUUAGAGUGUUUUUCAAACGCCUUCAAAUGCAACAGCUCUUGUUGGUCUAGAACUAAUUUGUAAUUCAACACCAAUAAACUUCCGCGGGGUCUCAGUUUUUUUGGCGGUCCUUUCAAAGCAGGUGCAACUUUUUGCUCAUUUGAAAUUUGAGUUUCACUUUUCAGUUGUCAGUAUUCGGUAUUCGGUUCCCUUUUCCCAGAACAAAGUUCUUCUAAUGUUUCUCGGGCACUCAUCGGGGGCUGAUUGUUGGUCAGGCCAAGCGUCGCUUCCUUUUUCGCUUUGUGCUGUCAUAAUUAAAUUGGAAACGCGGAAAAUUCGCGACAUACUGCACCAAGUCACAUUUCCAUCCCAUCUCCCCGGGGUGGUUAAUUUAGACGACAAUUUCCAGUUAAUAGCAGUACAAAAGUGUCGAUGUUGCCGUUUUUCUCUUGUUCUUGACCAGGAAAUCGAAAUGUCUGCAGUCAAGGCGGUUAUAGAAUAUUCCAUCCCUCGAAUUUCUCAUCUUAUGACUACAUAGAUGAAAGAAGAAGAAAAUUCGUGGCCGUUUUGAAAUGAAAUGAGCAAGAGCUGCUUCAACCAACCUCUAUGAAUCAUUGCACACAGUAUUCACUAUAAUAAGAACAUAAAAAAUACAUGUGGUUUUCUCGAAAUGUGCAACAUCCCUCCAGCGUGCCCACACACCCCCAUUAACUAAUUUCUUUCUUUAACGUCCUUUCUCUUCUCUUUUUCCCUAUAGAAAGCACAUUUGUCCUUUGUCCACACCACCAUCCUCCAUCUGUGAUAUGAGCCCGUCUCCCACCACAUUUCGUUUCGUUUUUUGACCGUUUUUUCGUUUUCGAAAAGGACGUCCGUUUUUGUAGAGUACUGAUAGUAAUUGCAUCGAAUGCGGUGAGAUCCAGAAUGCCUCGAUCAUCGAUAGAUGAGAAUAUGCUUCACGUCGACUGGAAUGAAGAGGUUACACUUUCAUUUGCACUUUCCCCCAAUCAGAAACAUGAAUGAAAUAAGCAAGUUGAAAGUGUUUCUGAUUUUGAGCCCCGGAAAAGUGUGUAAAUGGCACCUUUUGUCAUAGGAACAUGAUUCAAUGAAUGUAAAUGGCUGCCGACGGCACUUUUCAAACGAUCGUCAACCGAGCCAAUGACUUUGGAUUUUGUACUCCCUUAAAAAAGAACAUCAACUAUCCUUUGGGUACAACGUCUUCUUCUCCUUUCCAAUCUUUUUAUUUCGCAGUGUGAGAAUAGUCUAGAAAAUACUUCCACGAUUUCUCGAAUUUAUAUGUAAUUUGCUUGUCUUGUGUGAAAUAUUGAAAUAUUCUGAUAACUGUGUGAAUUUCCUGGAAAAUCCGCCUUCCUCCAUUUUAGAAUGAAUUCCAGAGACGAAAAAUUGCAUUUCUGGUUUCCCUGUUCUUUCGUGAUUAUGAUUUUUCUUUUUGUAUAUGACGUUUGAACGUUUCUGAGAAACAUUUUGUGGGAAAGAGAACCGAUAAACGUGAUCUCGUGUGCUUUUAGUUCCUUGAAAAGCUCAGACAAUGAAGGCGGCCUUCCGAGCCACUAGUAUCAUCCUGACGGCACAAAAGUUUGUAUUGGAAUCAAUCGCCGCUUGGAUGCACUUAUUCUUCCCCCCAUUCGGGGCCUGCCCCUCCCUCCCACGUAUAACGGCGCGGUUUCAGGAGGUCCCACAGAGAAAGUUCACUUUUUUGCACGUUUUCUUUCAAUCUUAUACCAAUCGGUCUCUUCUGUUUUUGUCAUUUUAACUAGAAAUCGAAUCGGAAAUAACUAGAAACCGGAUAACAGAAAGUUUUUCUUAUUGAGAAAAAAAGAAAACGGUGACAUCCUUUAUUGUGACGUAUUGAGUAGAACUCACCGGAACUCGUGGAAAUUACCGGGUUUCCGGUGAGUGAUCUGAAAAAUGAUAUAGUAUGACGUUUUUCUCACUUUUGCAAGCCAAAAUGUUUGUUUUCCAGGCAGCUCGUCUCAGAGCAAUGGAAAACCGCACCGGUUCGGUUGGAGACUGUACCAAACUUGCGAGCUACCGGGCCAAUAAACCUGCAUUCUUUCGGAGAAGGUUAAUUAAAACUUUCGAAUUUAGAACAAAUUGCGAUGAUAUUCUGGAUUCAGGUCCACCAGAAGGCGUAUCUCCAAUGCCCAACGCUUGGCGGACCUUGAAGAUUUCAUCAACACAAGGUGGGUUUUGAUUUUGUUUUUAUUUUCCGGUCUUCCUGAUUUACAUUCCGAACAUUGAAGAGUGCUCAUUGAGCCGAAAAGUGAAAAAGCAUUGGUCGAUUGUUACCAUCAACUGUCUACUAAAUUAUUAAUCCUUCUUGCCGCCCUCGCCCAAAUAUUUUCUAUAAUACUCAACUGCUAAUUGGGCGGAAUGUGAAUCCAAGUUGGCAAAUACGAAUUCCCCCCGGGGCUCUAUUCAAUUUCAGGAGCUAGUAUUUCAUUCAUGCAGCUUUUUCUCUCCUUCAAACAAAUAAUUCUUGUCAACCUUGAUUUGAUAGCUCCACACGUCGAUCAUUUGCUCUUCUCACGUUGCGUGUGGUCGCCCACAUUCAAUUUCUUUUUGCUGCCCAUUGAUGCUCGAAAUUCGGUCAUGAUAGACGGGGAAAAAGUGCGGUUUUUCGGGGUGACUUUGUGCGAAAAUGUGAAUAGCAAUUAUUGGAGCGCGAAAAAAGGCGAAAUUCGUAGCCGUUAGCGUCAGAAUCAAUGCUCACAGAGCACUUAUUAUUAUUCCAUAACUACUAGCUUCGAAGCGAACGAUGUUUGCACAUUUUGUGAAAAUGGAGGCGUUUACCAAAAUUAUGACAGAUGCGUCGAAAAAGUAAGUAUUUUUUGUUGAAUCACAUUUGGUUUUGCAACUUUGUAGUUGAGACCAACAAAGCAGAACUAAUCGAUUGACUCAAAUUGCUCUGCCAGGGGAAAAAGAAUGAACGUUUGAUUAAUAAGUUUCACCAAUGGACUCCUGCCCUUCCAACUUCUUCCUUCAACAGUUCUGCAAAAAUUGUUUCAACCAUCCCAAAUUGAAUUCAUUUCCGUUUUUGUCACUAGUUCAAUUCCAAAAAAGACGAAUGUGCUUUCUGUGGUGUCGGGCAAAGAAGCGUCUUCUCCGAGUCCUGUCAUAAAAGAGAGUGGCUUUUGUAACGAGGCCAACCGCAUUUCAUAUUUUAAUGGAUUCACAUAAAGCGGAUUUUGAAUAAAUGGGCCGCGUCCCAUCUCCUAGGAUCACCGAAAUUUGCUCAUAAGGCUCUCGUCCUCCCUAAAACAACGAAUGAUGCACAGACCUCCGAUGAGGCUGGAGGAAUUCACUCAGUUCAGGUACGAAAACAUUGCGAUUGCCUAUUAUUAGUGUGGUCUCGUGGGCUUUCUGAGUAAAAACGGGCGGCAAGACGUCGCUGCGGUGCUCGACAGCCAUAAUUGAAAACUGGAAGAGCGUUAGGCGGUUGGGGUGGCUCACCGAGCGGCAAAUGUUCAGUGUUACAAAUAUGUGCAACCCAAAAAUAUACGCAUUUCUCCUCUUCUUCUUUUUCUUCUUCUUCCACCCUGACUUUAGCUUCUUCCUCGUCUCUCCUAUUUUUCGGCGGGCCGACAAAUGCAUCACUAUUAGGUCGUGGGUUGUAUUCAAUCUUUAUUACUCAUGACAUUCUGAAUCGCUCAUGUGUGACUAUCCGGGAUUAUUUUCAAAAAAAGCGUGAAAGAUAAUCCUUAUGCUCCCAUCGAUUCUCUUCGUUUUCUGCCCCCACGGCGGAGUUUUGAAAUCCGUCUAAGCCAAAAGAACUUUAUGUCUGUCGGUGGGAAAAAAGAGCAAUUCAUUUUCCACUAUUUUCUUCUCCUUCUUCUUCUUCUUCGUCGACAUGGUGCACUUGGCAUGCCUUAGAAAUGCAUAGGAAGCCGUAGGAAUUAAAUAUAGGACAUAUAUAUGUUUAAUAAGAAAGAAAGAGGAAGGAGGUUAACUUCUCUUGUCAAUUUUUCAUGAGCUCAUUCCGAGAAGCAAUAUAUGUUUCUGUUUUUGUUUCUACUUCUUCAACAUCAUCUAAUAAGCUCAUUCUCAAUUCUGAAGACGUUGUGGAAAAAAGAAGAGAGCUUUCCUCUUUUUAUUCAUCUCCUCAGUGUCAUUUCAACUGUACGAAACCCUCACAUCCUUCUUGAAACAUCCCAUAAAUUUAUCCACAACCAUUGAUUUUCUUUCGUCGGAUUGUGUCACGCAACGAUCUGGCGUGGUCGCUGAAAAUUACUGUGUUCUCACAUGACAUUUCCCAUAACAUUUCGCAAAUACUGGAGAAAGCGAACAGAGCGUUCAGUCUGAAAUUUUCGAUAAUUAUCGGAUUAUCUGAGACUUUAUAAUUGUUCGUUCGAUUCGGGUUAGUAUGGAAAGUCUGUCCAUACCAACCAGCCCUUUUGAGACCUAGUCUGAAACUAUCCACGUAUGCCCACACGAACCAAACCAAGAAACCGUACUCGGCUCAGAUUCCACGUAAAUGUGUAUGAGCAUUCGAAAAGGUCAGUUUCUGUUAUGUAGAAGAAAAGAAAAAAAACAAAGAACCAGUGAGCAGCAGGAAAAAAAGGGAAAGAGUGCAUCUGUAGCGUCUCGUUAUUCGUGUUGCAUGUGAAUUCAUCCGUAAUUCAGCAAAAACACACAUGUUUUGCAUUCUGAAUCCAUGAGCGUCCCAAAUCCAGAAAGCUAGGAGCGAAACACUGUUCGACGGUGGUCCCAUUUCUCAAUUCAUCUCUUUUUUUCCAUCUGAAACAAAUGAGAAAACAGGAAGGGCGGGAAGAGCAUCUAUCUUUUCCGCCGAUCGUCGUCACUCAAUUUAAGAACAUGCCGCACUGCCCAUCAAAGCGUAUUCAUGCGGCGAGUUAAGGAAGCCUAUUAUGGAGAAAACAAUACUUUUCUCGGCCCGCAUUUUCCCCUCUCCUUUCGUUUUUUCACGCUGUGCAUUCUCAUUUCUCGUUCAGUCCAUAUCGCAAUUUUUGAGUAAUCCCAUAUUUCAUUCCUUUUUCUUUCGAUUUUUGAGAGGGCGCUCGCGGUCGCGUUUUACGACGUGGUUACAUGCACCAUUUGAAGCGUCGAAAUGCAUAUUUCAUAAAAUCCCGUCAAAAAUGUCACCGUUGCUUAGAACAGCUCUUUUGUUGGGACGGCCCUCCACGGAAACGGGACUACGCUAAUGUUUCAAAAGCGACUUUUUGAAAAAGAAAGAGAAUUGAACAUUUAGAAGUCGUUCGUUAGACGAGCCCUAUUUGCCUUUCUGUUUCUCACCGCUUGAACUUCUAGCAAUUGAUUUUGUGGGAAGCUGGUGGGAAAGAGUAGGCUUCGAAUAAAGCCGAACGCAGUGGUUACUGGCCAAGCCUAAAUCUCCCUUCCGUUUGCCAUCUGUCUUAAUCGAAAAGCCUGACUGAGCCGGGUUCACAAUGUAAUUACACUUCCGAACGUAUUCGUUCAAAGCUGCUUAGAGAGAAUAUUGGAUGCAUGCAAUUUGUUCAGACUUUUUUCAACUACUAAUUGAACGGAUCUUGUGUGACCCUUUUCGUUUCUUUCGAAACAAAUUAUUGCGAAAUAGAUUGCUGAUUCAUUAUUUCAUUCCAUUUUUAGGACGAAAUGACGCAUAGAAGUGUAUUCAUCAAAUUCAUCAAAGCUCUUUGAACUAAUUAUGGAAUACUUGCUCAUUCCAUUCAUACAUAUUUGGGGACAGAAAAGUGAAAAAGAUCGUGAGACGAGUGGUAGUCGGGAACUGGCAAAGGAGCAUGCACGCAAUAACAAAUUAGAGCUGCGUUGUGGAGCAGCUAUCUUGCCCCCCCCCUCUUCUUUUUACGCCGUUAUGUACUGACCACGAAAGCGAAGAGUCAGGUCGGGAGAACAAGACGAGCCAUUGGCGGGCAUCUCGAAUUGCAACGUUUAGAGUCCUCCUUAUCGAGAAGGUUGUCCACAAGUUUCCGGGCGUUUUUCUUGCACCAAAUCCCAGUGGAGAAACUUUUGAGACUUCGAAAACCGCCUUUUGUUUCUCCUUUCUCUCCCACCACCACUCUGACCCUUGUUUUUCACUGAGAUUCCGUUCGGGAUAGCCUUAUUUUCUUUUCUUGCGGACACAAUGCCAAUGAGAUCCGCCGCGUUUUUUUGUUGUUUUCUUCAUUUAAAGCAGCUUAGGGUUGUUCAGAAUUCAGAAACGUUUCGAAAUGAAAUCAAGCUAUGGGCAGCAAAGCUUAAAACAAAAACACAAAUAGAAUUUGUCAGGCACGAGUUUCUUCUACUGUCGUCUUCUUUCUCAAACCCCCUCCUCCACACAGCAUCCAUGUCUUGUUUUCUUUUUUUCACGUCUCUUUUUGUCUUCUCUCCGACAGAAAUAGUCAAAAUUAUGAAAGAAACGCCAGUCUCUUGUUUACUGGGGAACAUAAAAAGUAAUAGCAUGAAGGGGAAAUGUCACCGAGCUCCGUUUUAGUAAAUCUUUUCCCUUUGUUUAUCAGUCAACAUACAAACCGUUCUUCUUCUUCUUCUCCUUCUUUUUUUGUCUAUCCUUUGAAAUUCGAUCAUAAUACAGACAAAAGCCAAUCCGGCGGACUCAAAAUGUCCGUCGAAACUGUUGUCAGCCAUAAAUUUGCGGUCGGACAAAAGUUUGUGGCUGGCCACAUGGAAAAGGUGCGACAUGCUCAGGCUUGGGCUGGAAGACAGAUGAAUAGGGCGCAGCAGUUCAUUCGCGAACUUUCCGUCAGUCAAACCGAUCCGAGGGAUUUAUUCUUCCAGUAAGUUUUGACGAAAACACAUGUGUCACUGAAUUAUACCUCUUUGAAAAUUACUGUACGACCUCAAAAUUGGAAUUUGAAAGAUAGUAUCCCGAUAGCCUUUAUCAUUUUGCAUGAAUAUGAGAAAUCAGUUUGAAGAAACAAUAAAUUUCUGAAAGAAACCAAAAUUUUCAAUUUUCAUUGACGACAUGUCAUUAGCAACAUUUUUUCAAAGUUCAAAGUAAACGAUUUAUGUUCCGAAGGGUCCAGAUUCUGAAAAAAAAUUCCCCGGAGUCAGCUGAAUUCUUUAAAAAGCUAAGGAGAUCACGAAAAGUGCAGGCUGGUGGAAUUUCUCCCGGCAACCAAAUAUUAAAAAAUGCAGGAAUCUCAGAUUUGUUAUAAAAAGACAAUAUCAGUAAUCAUCAUUGAAUUUCUGAGAUAAUGAUUAGAGUGCCGCACGAAAAAAUCGAUAAUAGUGUACAUUUCGCUGUCUCCUUAGCUUUUCUGAUAAAAUGAUGUUAAAUUCGAUGUAUUUCCCCCGGCAUCUGAAGUUUUGGAAGCAUAAAUCUUCAAUUUGGAAGCUAUUUCCAAAAAAUACUUUGCCUCCUUACGUUCAAAGAAUUGCCCGCCUUUAUCACCUGCCUUCGCGAAAAAUAGUAGGUGUUUGGUGAAGCAACCACGCAGACAGGUGUAUUUUGUAAUGAGAAUGGCUCAAAGUCUGCCAUAGGUGUGCCCCUUGAGCUUCAAAAAACAAUAAUAUUUACCAGACACCGUCGGCCUACAGUACCUCACCCCGGCUGAUAGGAGAAUUCAGAAAGCUCCUCCCGAGCAGAGCGGAAAACGUAUCAAACGAACCCGCUCAGGUAGUUCAGACGCAUAAUUCACUCAAUUUCGUCGCAAAUGGGUGUGACGCUCUUACUUGCUCACAAGGGAAAUUGCAUUUUGGAUAGGAAGAGAAGCGAGUAACGCUUUUUUUGCACUCAUAAAUUAUUUAAUCGCAACCUAUACUUUCAAAAUGUGUGCUCUCUCUCUCUCUCCGCAAGUUGCUGAAAAAGUUUAAUAUCCGGAGAGAACGAGAAAAAGCGCUCCAGUCAGGAAAUUGCUUUAUUAUUACGUUUUCUGAAUCCGAAUACGGUUAGUGUGAGUGUGAGUGUGUGUGGGCGAGGCGAGCACACCAAUUCCUAUUUUUGAUAGAUCACAUUCACACUUCUGAAUGAAAUUUGAGCGUGCUAACGAGAGAAUGUAAACGAGCUCGACGUGUAUAGCCGAUGGCUUCGAAAAUGUCACCCGUAUUGAGUUUCGAAACAAAAACGAACGUCACUGACUUUGGUUGCUUUGUUUUCCCCUUUUUCUCACACCCGAUUAACGGGUGUAGUGAAUCCAUUUGAAAGUGGAUGCCCAAGUGGAAGGUCCACUUUGCAACUCGUGGCUCUGCAAAAAGAAAGAAGGGAAAGGAAGAGAGAUUUGAGAAGAUCUUCUUGGAGGGUCUGAAAAGACUGGAAAGUUAGUUAGACACUCGGAGAAGAUGCCACUGACAAUUUGUCAGGAUAGCCGAAAACAUAUGAGUAGGCUCUCCAAUUCUUCUUUCCUUUUUGAUUUGUUUCUUCCAAUCUCCCUUUCUCGUUUUUCUUUUCUGAUAGUCAUGACACCAAGUGUUUGUCGUGCCUAAUUAUACGCGUGCCCGCACAUCUUGUCUCCGACGCGACCACUAAUUAGACAUGUUUUGAUGCGUGAGGGAAGGAAGCAGCUGGAAGAGCUCUCUCUCUCUUUCUCUUUUUCUUUCUUCCAAUCAGAAUUGUUUUCGAGCAAUCAUACAUACACUAAAAGUUUCUUUGCGCCUGAAAAAUUGUUUGGGCAGUGCCUGCUCUGAAGUGGGCGGGCCCGAGGGCAAACACGCCUGCGGCACUCGACUCCACACUGAAUAUUGGCAGUUGUCAGCGCCGCGGAUGCGUAUCCAUUUCUAGAGCUCAUGAUGAAGCCACGUCGGAGUAGAAGUGCAAGGAUCCGCCGACGUCAACAGUAAGUAUUGAACACUGACAAUUUCUCCUGUGAUUCUUAAUUCCUACUGUGCAUUCAGCAAAAAUUUUCAAAACGAAAGUAUGCCCUCUGUUCUCAUCAUCCUCUCUUUGACUUCUGAUACUUUGAAUCACGCUUGAUUAGUCUGUGGUAGUCUGUGCUCAACUCGUCUCGUUUGACUUCACCCUACUAAAACCACGGCUAUUAUUCUCACAUUUGGAAAAAAGAAUAACAAAACGGAGAUAGAGGCAAUAAACGUUUUGGCAGCUCCUAUGCGAAACCAGAGAGUCAUCAUUUUCAAGCGCAUACAUAUUCUAGCGCACCAACAAGUUUGACGAAGAAAAACAACGAAACCCGUUGAAAUCGAAUAGACCCUGUGCUUCACCUUUUUUGCUUCCAUCCGGUUUCGUUUCAGGGAGAGCUAAUAUGUUUCUGGUUAACGUCUGCGCAGACAACUCAUGUUCCGUUUCAAUGUAUUUUAAAGUGGCCCCCUUCCCUUAUUCCGAUUUAAAAAGAAUAAGUGUUUCUUGCUCUUUUCCCAAAACUGGCCCGUUGUUUGGCGUUGAAAGACUAUCGGGGGUCAUCUUUUGCCGGGGUCAUCCUUCUCUUUCUCUCUCUUUCUCUCUCUCUCUCAUUAAAAGAGGAAAUGGAUAGGGCGAGGGUGGAUGCGCAAAUAAAAUAGAAGAUAUAUUUAGGAGUGGAAAAGUAUGACGACAAAAACUUCAAGCGAGAUGGAAAGAAGGAGAAGGAGUAAUGUACUCAUCUCAUCUUCCAUUUAACUGGCAACACCAGCCAGAGCUGGCACAAUUAAUUUCGGAAAACUUUAUCGGUCUCUUGUUUUCAGAGUGCAAGCAUCAGAUGGCAACUUCUUCGAGAAAGUGACUGCUCCAAGCGAUGGAGACAACAGCAGGGAUGACGAACUGUACACCAUUAAGAAUUUGAGCAUCAACGGGGAUCGCAAGCAAAUCGAGGUUAGUGUCGGAUCCCUUCUUCUUCUUCUUUUGUUCUUCUCUGUUUUUUCACUCCCUUCACUGACUCUUCUAUUAGUCGAGUUCUUCGUUUUUUCAGGCUCUUUACGUGGAGGCGUUGUACACCAUUACUCACAAGUUGGGCCAAGGGGACGCGGAAGAGAGUCAAGAGAGUCUUUAUAAAUACGUGCGUAAUGCGUUCCAAGGCGAUGGUGCUCUUCACAAUGCGCUCAUGGAGAAGGCGAAGCAAAACAAGGUUAGAAAGGGGAAACUGAGAAUUAAAAAUCACCUGUUGCAUCAUACGCUGAUUAAUAAAUUUCAGCCACCCAGCGUCUUACUCAACAUUCUGUUAUUGGAGGCAAAAGAUUUGAUUGCGAAAGACGUCAACGGUAAGCACGGGAUUCAGGAGAACAAGGCUUACGUCACUCUUUUUUCAGGCUUCAGUGAUCCUUUCGCAAUGAUGGGGGUGGUGCCGGGGACACGGAAGGAGAAUCAGCCGAUGACCGACUCUGCACACCUGGAGAAGGACGAACAGGAGGCAAAGUCGCCGAGAUCGCUUCACGGAAAGAAAGAUGGACUCAUGCAUAGAUUCGGAGGAUCGUUCCGGAGGAAAGUCGGAAAGAAGGGAAAGCCACAGGACACCGGAACCAUUCCUGCCAAACUCAUCAAAGCCAGUUCGGUGCAAAAGAAGACGCUGAAUCCAAAAUGGAAUGAGAAAUUCCAAUUCACCGUUGAGGAUGUCCAAAGGGACCAGUUUCACAUUGACAUCUGGUGAGAGGAAGAUAUAGAAGAACUGAAAAGACACUGGAAAGUUUUAGGGAUCACGAUGACGAAGAGCAGUCAGUCCUGGACGCAGUGUCCUCUCUGAAUCAGAUCUCCGGAGGAUUUAAAGGACUUGGAAGAUAUUUUAAGGAAGUCACUCAGAGUGCUCGUGCCAACUCGGACGAUUGCACUGACGACUUCCUCGGGUGCAUCAAUCUGAAACUAGCAGAGAUUCCUCCAGAUGGUCUGGAACAGUGGUUUACUCUACAGCCGCGGUCGGAGAAAAGCAAAGUCAGCGGACAGGUGAAACUGAAGGUGUGGCUCUCGACAAAAGAAGAAGGACGCGCCGGAGAUGAGGAUGAGACUUUGGAUGUCAAAGAGCACAUUGAGCUACUACGCCAGUUUGCUCUGUACGAAAUCCGUCAAACUGGUCAGCCAGUCCGAUUCUGGGACGGUCUUUAUCCGGAGCGAGCAAUGAUCAUUCUACGUCAGCAUGCUAUUCAAGGAGAUCUAACUGAUGUUCAUUUGGCUAUGUGGUAGGAUAUCUAGGGAAAUCAUAUCUAACCUACCAUUUGCAGUCGAUGGUUGGCGUUCCAUUCGAUGAUUCACAUUGACAUUUCGUUUUCUCUUCUUUACAAAACACUCCAAAAAAUAAUCGACAAGUGGCAGCCGCUCACUUUGGACAAGGUUUGUGACUGUUCAGCGCUCUAAUAGCACAACUUCUUGGUUCAGGAAGAAGAGGACAUGCUUACUGACUCAUUCUCGUCAUUUGACUCUUACUGCAAGAGGAUGAUGAUUGAGCAUCGCGAGAAGUUCACUCCAAGCAAAAGAAACAGCGGAGAAGAGUUUUCGAGCCUGAUCAAGUGCAUGCGAGCUCUUCGCGAGUCCCCCUUCUACCAGAAGUACCUUCCGUACAAACGUCCUUUCCACGCUCAUCUGGAGUCACUUGUCGUCAAGAGCGCCGAAGAUUUCAUCGACCGCACCAUUGAAUCUGUCCAAGAUCCGGAUCCAUGCAAGGAACUCUUGAAGCUUCUCAACAUCGUGAACACUCAGUGUUCGCGCUUCCUCCACUACGCCGCCGUGAUUCGUGAAGUGGCCAGAAUUGACUACUCUCAGCUCACAUUGAACACGUUCGACCGCCUGCUCACUGAAUACUUGACUUCCGAGCUGAUGAGCGAGAAAAAGAUGGAUCUGAAGUCUCAGAUGAGAAUGUCGGCCGCCCAGGAUCCUCCGAAUGAGGAAGAAUUGAUAGAUUUGAUGAGAAUUCAUAUGGCGUUUGUGGAGCUUCGCAACUACAGACUUGCUAACAGAGUGUUCGUGCGCAAAUUGUGACAUUCAGCAAAAUAGAUAUUUCAGAAGAGUGAGGGACGAGUCAGAAUGGUAUGCGAUCUUCAACAAAGGAAUCAAAAAGUUCUUGGAAGUCGCUAAGGAGAAAGCACUUGCUCGUGUUCAUCUCAGUUGCCAACUUGACAUGCCGGUUCGUUCACAACGUUUCAUCUAAAAAUCAGCCGUUCAAAUUCAGAUUUCAACAUCUGCUAACGACAUGCGCCACUCUAGCAGCCACAUUGACAUUUGCCAUAUCAUCGAGCAGGUAUUUCGCAAUAAAUCCCCGUGAGAGAAUCAUUGCAAGUUUUGCAGUUCACCGUCUUCUGGGAGCGUGUGGACAUCAACGACGCAGCACUCAAAAUUGAGUACACCCGACUUUUAGUCGAUGUGAUCUGCGAGAUUGUCACAGUCUACACGCAGAAAAUCAUUUCCGGGCUGGAAGCGGAAGGAUUCACACAGGAAUUGCAGACUUUCAUCCCAUCCCAACUGCUACAUUUGGUUAGAACACGUCAGAGUGGGUUUAGUUUGGACACUGUUCUUGUUUAGCUCUGCGCGGCCAUCAACAACUGCGAACAAGUGCGUCGCAGUUUGAACAUUACGGAAAAACUUCACAUGGAUGACAUGUCGCUUGCUUAUGAAAGAGACGCUAGCCGUGUCAAUGUAGGUUCUAGAAAUGUAAACUUGUUUGAAUAGGGAUCUUUUAGGGAAACCACCUGUGGAAGUCUGAGAUUGAGACUCGUUUGGAGACAUGCGAGAACAGCAUCUGCUCGGAAAUCGACCGUAUUGUGGGACUUCUGACUGGCCGUCUUCUUCCUCAAAUGAAGAAACACGUCUUUCAUUUAGCCUGGAGCCCAUCUGCGCAAUUGGUCGAGGACUCGUUGAAACCACUGACUGAUAUGGUAGAACCAUGAACACCAAACAGAAGUACAAUUUUUUCUGUUUUCAGUUGGACAUUGAGCUUUCGGCAGUUCACAAGAAUUUGCUCCAUAGAAACUUUUUGAGAGUGAUGAGCGCACAGGUCGCAAUAGUUGUGAAACUGCUGCGUGACUGUGUGAAGGAGAAUGUGGGAAUGGAGCCAGCGUUCUACCACCGACUGUUCGAGGCGUGGCAUGUACUUGUUGAGUUUUUCCAUGCCGGAGGAAAAGGACUAUCCAUGGAGGCAUUGGAAACUAAUCCAGAGCAUGUGGUACGAAGCGCCAUGUCUAUAUCAAUGACGAAAAAAGUUUCUUGUAGACAUUGGUGAAAAUUCUCUCAUUGAACCAGACUCCAACAGAGCAACUCAUCGAGAAGUACUACAAAGAUCUUCUCAAACAACAGGUCACUUUUCUUCUCCAAAACUCUUUCAGCUAUCUCUAUCUUCGAACUUUCUAUCGCUAUCGAACUAACCAACACAAUAGUUUCCGCACAUCACAACCAUUUUCAUUUCUUUAAUUUUCCGGCUUGAUCUACUUUGCUUAUCCCACUUUUCGCACCACAAUAGCCGUUACACAUACACACACACACACAUGGUGUUUUUCAAUUGCUUCCUCUUUUCUCUUUCCUGUCUUCUCACAUUUUUCUAAAAUGUUUCUUCUACAACAUUCUUCAUCUCAAAAUUCAAGACUGACACCACAUUUUAGGCGCUUGCUGAUCACCAAUACGGAGUAAGUUGCCUCAAAUCCAUAGUCUCGAACUAUGAUAGAAUGGCUAGUAUCACAGACCUUUGCUGUGCUUCUAAUUCGGUUCAUAGCGUUUUUGAUAGCGAUAGUUCGGCUCGGCCACAAAGUUUUUAUCAUUUUUUCGAUUAGCAAUCGAGACGACCCUGAUAUCUUCUUGCUAGUGUCGCGUAUUUCUUCUGUAACUCAUUUGGCUUCUGACCGCUUCCAUCGCAACCCGUAACACUAUAGAUAGAAAGUGCUAGACCCGUUCCCGAUAUGUCAAAGCGUCGCUUUGCUUCUCCCACGUAGUGUGCCUAAAUCUUUGCUCGACUUUCAUGCAUGGUCUUUUUGGCUAAAUUCUGCUUCACCUCUUGCUUUCUAUGAGUGUGUCUCUAAUGUAGUGGAUGAGAUUUCUGAAUUUUCAACGCCAGCUACUACCUUCUUUUUCAGAACGAGGUCAGUGAAUGCAAAUACGGAAUUCUCAACGUUCGAGCCUAUUAUAACGGAAAUGCGCAAACACUGGUUUUGGAUGGUAAACGGAGCCUUUCAGCUGAUCAAAUUUGACUGGUUUUCAGUCAUUGGCGCGAAGCAGAUUAUAGCUCUGGACUCGAACGGUCUGUCCGAUCCGUUUGUGGUUAUUGAAAUAAUUCCAAAGUUCCGUUAUCCGGCAGUUCCGGUGGUCAAAACAAAAGUGGUGUCGAAGUCGUUAAACCCGAUCUUUGACGAGACAUUCGAAUUGUAAAAACUAACGACAAUGAAAAACAGAAGAAAAAUGUAUUUCAGCCACAUUCCACCCAACCCGCCAUCAACAGCAAUGCUCCACUUUACCGUCAUGGACCACGACUACCUUCGAUCAAAUGAUUUUGCAGGAGAAGCAUUCCUGGAGUUGAAUGACGUAUUAGACGCCAUGUCCUGGCUCCAAUAAAGUCAAUGUUACAGGUGCCCGGAUUUGGAGCAACCGGAGGAAACACACUUCGCCAGUUCAACCUCAUCCUGAUCCAACCAGUGUCAAACAGUCAGUUGCAGUCGCACUUUGCAAAUUUCGAUGUUAAUUUCAAAAUUUUUGCAGCAAAAGACGUGCUCGACGUGUUGAACAAUCGCAAAGAGGACAAAGAUGCCGUCGAGUUCUUGAGAUCCAUCAGCACCGUUUACUAA